UGUUUUCCAUGCUAGAGAGAACGGAAGCUCCAAAAAUGAAGAUUAACGCUGGUCGUGGACAUCGUGUCUGAUCCCUAAUCAAUGUCCGGCAUCGACGUUCUCAAGCAGGUUUGCACAGCUCGUGACUUGUACUGCAAUCACAGUGCCUAUCGUGGCCGCAAAGAAGCUUGGCACCUGCACUUUCUCCAUCUUGCCCGCUUGCAACUCUUCUUUGACAACAACCACCACAUUCAAGAGACAAAAACUGCAUUCACAAUACAGCAUCAAUCGACGAUAAUGUUACCCUUCAUCAUCAACACCACCAACAUGCCACUACUCCUUUCUAGGGCAGCACGCACGAUUAGGGUUAGAAGUACGAUCGUACCGAUGACUACCCGAUCCCGAACACCCGUACCACUACCUACGAUACGACACCAUCCUCUAUCAACAAGACCACCGUCACCGCUAGCGAAAGCCAUAGAAAGGAAUUCCCGAAUGCUGUACAGAAUGCUACAGAUGCAGAAACGCAAUCAUAAGGAGAAUGUCGAUUACCUAAAGGACCUUAUCAAGCUUAAGAGGCAGCGCAAGUUUUGGGCCUAGGCGUCGCUUAUAGUGCACUGCCUGUUUUCUGCAGUCUACGCAGCUUUCCUCGUAUGGGUGGCU